AUGAGUAAUGAUGCAUUUUAUCUCCAUGGUAGUUAUAUUCACACCUACAUACCUGUUGAGAGCAUAUAUGCCAAAGUUAAUUCCCUCACCUCCCUUGAGACUGAGCUCCCAUAUAGCUAUUACAGCCUUCCAUAUUGCCAUCCACAAGGUGGAAUCAAAAGGAGUGUAGAGAAUUUGGGUGAGCUUCUCGUGGGUGACCAGAUUGAUAACUCUCCAUACCAAUUCCAUGUUAAUGUUAAUGAAUUACUUUACUUGUGCACCACUAAUGCAUUGAAUGAACAUGAGGUUAAACUUUUGAAGCAGAGGGCACAUGAUCUCUACCAAGUGAACAUGAUACUUGACAAUCUACAGGCAAUGUUGAAACUGAACAUGUAUGAUAAAGUUGAGUCUGUGAGCUGUCCAUUGGAGCUUGACAAGUCACAGACCAUUCGGGAGCAGGAGAAGAUGCAGGAAGUUUGCCGUUGA